AUGCAGAUCUCAAACAUCCUCCUGACCGUCCUGGCCGCCGGCGCCUCAGUUGUCUCCGCCCAGGACUCAACCACCGUCCUGACCACCUCCCUGACGAAGAGCGUGACCCUCACCAAGGUCUCGGCGACCAGCUCCAGCAGCCUGAUCUCGUCCGCCGUGGCCAACACGAGCGUGCCCGUCGCAACCCCGACCACGUCCACCUACUUCCCGCUGGGCAACUCGACCGCCUCUGGCUUCGCCUCUGGAACCGGCGUCCUGCACACUUCUACCAAGGCCUCUGCUACCGCCACUGAGUCCUCCGGCGAGAGCAGCAGCGCCACCGGCUCUGCUGCCGCGAGCUCCUCCAGCUCCGCCGCCGUCGCCGGCGUGCAGUCGCUGCAGGGCGGUCUGCUCCUGGGCGCCCUGGGAGCCAUGGCCAUGCUCGUUUAA